AUGGUGUUUGAGUCCCCCGUAGUCGAUUUGAUCAACAAAUAUCUUGGAGAUUUUGUUGAAAAUUUGGAUAAAUCGCAACUGAAACUCGGGAUAUGGGGAGGUGAUGUUGUUCUUAAUGAAUUAGACUUAAAGGAAAGUGCAUUGGAUGACCUUGACUUACCUGUGAAGAUCAAAGCAGGUCACAUAGGUAAACUAACACUGAAAAUUCCAUGGAAGAACCUGUACACAGAACCUGUGAUUGCAACAAUAGACGGAUUGUAUGCCCUUGCAGUGCCGAAUGUUGGUAUCAAGUACAAUGAAGAGAAGGAGAAGAAAGAAGCCCAGGAGAACAAACAGAAGAAGUUGCAGGCCCUGGAGGAAGUGAAGAAACUGGAGGCUGAAAAAGGGACUUAA